CACCAAGAUGAUCUCAAUCAGACUUAUCUGUGUACUUCUUCUCUCUCAACAGUAUCUGAUUCAAAGUGAGGAAGUUCUCCAACAUAUCCCUUUGACCACAGUUGAACACGGUGGAACUGUAAGACUGCAGUGUGUGAUAUCAGAAGAAGAUCAAAUACUAAACUGGUACAAGCAAACUCUCGGACAUAUGCCCCAACGUGUAGCGGCUAUUAUUAAAAUUCAAGAAACGUCAAGUCUUUCGGUAGAACGUAUCUCUGCAAAAAAGGUUGACGGUAAUUACAACCUAAACAUCCAAAAUAUAACUAGUUCAGACGAGGGAAUAUACUUCUGUGCAACCGGAACACAGUAUAGGAUGGAUUUCAGAAACGGCACCUUUGUUUCUGUGAGGGGUAACCAUCUUCUGAGAUCUCACUACCAGACUGUGUUGAAGCAGCCAGAGUCUGAGCCAGUCCAUCCAGGAGACUCUGUGACUCUGCAGUGUUCAGUCCUCUCUGAGUCCUGUACAGGACAACACAGUGUGUUCUGGUUCAGAGCCGGGGCAGGAGAAUCCCAUCCAGGACUCCUUUACACCCAAGGAGACAGGAGUGAAGAGUGUGAGAAGAGACCUGAGACUCCCUCUCCUACACGGAGCUGUGUCUACAGCCUCUCCAAGAACAACCUCAGCUCCUCUGAUUCUGGGACUUAUUACUGUGCAGUAGCCACAUGUGGAGAGAUACUGUUUGGCAAUGGAACAAGACUGGAUGUUGAACCAGCAGUGGAUCUCCUAGUUAUCGUCCUGGGGGUGUCUUUAGCUGUGUGUGUUGUGUUAAACAUUAUCCUCAUCUGUACCAGAAAGACACGGACAGUGUGUGAGAAUUGCAAAGUGAGUGUUACCUAUCAUGGACAUGACAAGACAACUGCAGAACAGUCAAGUGGCCAGGAAGGUGAAGACUUGAACUAUGCUGCUCUGCAGCUCUCUGAGAUGAAAGGUAAAAGAGGAAGAAGGAAGAGAGAGACCCCACAGGAGAGUGUGUACUCUGAUGUGAGGGGUUCUGACUGGGAGGGAAGUGCUCAACAGAAAAUCAGUUUAUAAACAUUGUUGAGGUGUCAGUUUAGGUUAGCUUAUUAUUUUGUAUUGUAUUAAGUCUGAUAAAAAAUCAUGUGUUUCUUCUGUGGAGAUGCUGAUGGUAGCUUCCUCUCUGGCUGGUCUAAAUAAGUGUGUAAUCUUUGGGUGUUUUGCUCGAGCUUGUUCAAACAACAGUUUAUUGUUGCGCUUUUGAGCACCGCUUGCAUAUUUUCUUUAACUUAUAUCUCUACCAUUAUCUAGCAAAACGUAAUGAUUAGCAUUUUUUAAAUGUGCGCGUUCAAGAGGUGUAAUGGCGUUGUAGUGCACGUAAAAUACGCAAAAGCCAUUGUUGCCAGAUUUAGGGAGUAUGAGACAAUUUAGUCCAUGGAAGUGGAUGAAGAUCUGUUACGUUGCCUACAUUACGGGAUUCCUUUACCUGGUUGUUGAAACUUGAGCUCCCAAUGAGCGCCCUCAAAGUUUUUUACUUUUUAAAAUAUAUAUUUGCCAUGCAGGGCGGGGCCCUUGCCCCCCCCCCCACCCCCCAUGAGCUGGUCCCUCUAUAGAGCUAAUAAGUUUAAAGUCAAGGCCUGUGAUUUGAUCACAUGUUGACAGAAAUGGUACAUUAGGUGUAUGUCCUUUGUAAGGCAACUGUAUCUGUCUGAAUCAAAUCAAAUACAGUUGACCGGGGCUGAGAAAUAAUGAUAUAUCAAACAUAUAAUCAGGGGGGGUCUGAUGGCUGAGCGGUUAGGGAGUCGGGCUAUUAAUCAGAAUG